AUAGGCAAGGCCCAAUAAUAAAAUCUCAACCGUUGAAUUAAUCAACGGCUCUAGAUCCUUCAUCUUCCUCCCCCAAAUACCCAAAACCCUUCCUCUGUUUUUUUAUUAACCAGAGAAACCCCAACUUUUUCACAAACUCUCUCCAGAGAACAAAAAAAAUGAGCUUGAGAGAGAUGAGCGAAACAAAACCCAAGAGAGAUUCUGAUUACGAAGGAUCAAACAUUAAGAGGAUGAGACUCGAUGAUGACGACGACGUUCUACGCUCACCGACGAGAACUCUUUCUUCUUCUUCCUCUUCUUCUCUGGCUUACUCGGUUUCAGAUUCCGGAGGUUUCUGCUCCGUCGCGUUAUCUGAAGAAGAAUACGAUCAUCGAAGCUCAAGCAUCAUCAGCUCUGGUUGUUCUAGCAGUGAAACUAACGAAAUCGCUACUCGUCUUCCAUUUUCAGAUCUGGAGGCUCAUCAAAUCUCCGAAACCGAAAUCUCAACGUUAAUCACCAACAACAAUUUCAGCAAACAGGGAAGUCCAUUAAGCGAGAAUCUGGGAGAAACAGCUGAAAUGGAUUCGGCGACGACGGAGAGGAGAGAUCAGCGAAAGUCAGAGAAGAAGAUGGAAAAAUCACCGACACAGGCGGAGCUUGAUGACUUUUUCUCGGCGGCGGAGAGAUUCGAACAGAAACGAUUCACAGAAAAGUACAACUACGACAUCGUCAAUGAUACGCCGCUUGAAGGUCGGUACCAGUGGGUUAGUCUGAAGCCAUAGAAGAACAAAAAGGAGAUGAAGAAGAGACAAUGCUAAAGUUACACGUCGUGGUACUGUGAGUUUUGUCACAGACGGAAGAAUUUCUUAGAGACAUUUCAUUGUACAGUUUUUAUCUAAUUUUAAUUUCAUCUGUUCUUCGUACCCAGAGUUUUUUUUACUGAUUGUUAACUAGAAGUUUUAACCUUGAGUUUAAUUCUCUCUCAAUCUCGGUGAUAAUGUUGAACAAAGAGUGGGGUUACAA